CGUGAAUAUGACGCCUCGAGUUCGCGCGCCUUCCUCUUUCAUUUGCAAGUAGCUGCCCGCUGAGGCUAUCGCACAUCCUUGCCAUUAACCUCCCUUCCCCAAUUAUAACCCGAAAACGUCCAACCACCGGGAUGAUGAGGCCACGACAUCGCGUCUUCGUGGCAAUUCGUGCUGAUCCAUACGCUCUCCUCGACCUGCAGCAGCCACAUUCCAAGCCGUGUGCGACAUCACUUCUCGUACUGGUCCACACAUGAAAACCACAGUGGCUCAUACAACCCUCCACCGCGCCAGACAACAGGAACUUCGACGAGCCACCAUGCCGACACCAACCAUCAGACCCUAUGACCACUACCCACUCGAACUACACAACAUCAAAGCGCUCUUCCUGCAGCGGCAAUACCGGCAAUGUAUUCAGGCCUGCCGCAAUGCGAUACGAAACGCUGAAGAGGGCAUCGCCGAGCAUCCACUGCAGCAAACGUUCAUCAACUUCUAUCUCGGCUCCGCCCACGAUGAGUUGGCUCGCCUCAUGCACGAUUCCUCGAACGCGAAGCUUCCCGCCUUCAAGCAAGCCGAUGACUUCUACAAGCAAGCUAUCGAGUCGACCUCAGCGUCCACGUCCGAAAUUGUGGCACUGAUGAACCGCAUACCGCCACCUAACAAAGCUAUGGCUUCCGAGGCAACUCACGAUCUAUUCACCUACAAAAGUCCGUGCCUGAGCGUGCGGUCAACUCCGAGAUUGCGACAAAGCCACAGACGCAUGGAACCACUACCCACACGUUCGCCAACAAUUUCAGCAUCUAGGGAGACGAGUCUUUCCGACCUAGCCAGCGACGACAGUUUCGACCAAAUCAUGACACCGAACAGAGUCCUGCAGCGCGACGUCUCCCGCAUGUCACUUCUUGAAGACAUAACGAACAUCCAUCACAGAUCAACCGUACCUGGCCAGCCCUUGCCACGCACCAUCUCCGGCAACCUGCUGCAAGGCUUGAUGCGACCAAUCAGACCCGGCGACCCAGCGAAAGCCUUCCACGUCCCGCCCCGUCUGCCGUACGUUAGCAACGCGGUGGGCACAGCGGCUGACUCAAGGCUGCCGAAGCUGGUCACUCGCCCCAUCGACGGAUCGCCGCUGCGGAGACAAGCGCCUUCAUCACCUAGGGUGGUGCCUUCUUCUUCACCAGUCUCGCCAAUGCCAGCGCCGGAUCACGAUGGGUUCGACUUUGACCCAGAUACACCAUCACCUGUGUCACCUGCUACCCCUAUCAAAGACACAGGCUCUGCGGCUCGACCCGCUCAUACGCCACACCAUUCUGAGCACCACAGGCACCGCUCUAUCUCUGUAACGCCAGAGAAGUGCGCAGAGCUAGAAGUUUACGGUGUCCUAAGCGAGCACAUCUCCGCAAUACGCACGCAGAUCAUCACCCACCUACACCUACUCUCCAUAGCUCAGGAACGUACUGUCUCCGCGCAGCUGCUUCGGAAGGCCCAGAGUGCGGCUAGAGCCACAGCUCCUACGACGGGCACACCACUCGCGCCGCUGAGUAGUAGCGUGGAUGGGACAUCCUCCGAUAGCAGCAGGCCUGGCAGCUCUGACAGUAAGCAUGACAGCGUCUUCAGCAGCCAGCAUGGCAGUGUGCGGGCCAUCGCCAGACGUCGCACACAACAGCGCUGGUACGGUCGGGGUCAGCGAGAGGGUACGAGUAGAGAGGGACGUCGCGGAGUUGCAGAGACUGGGAGAGAGGCGAUGGCGGUGUGGAAGAGGUUCGAUGCGGCGAAGUAUGAGCUGCUGGCCGAACGAGCGCUGGCUGAGCUCUGAGAGCACAGACGCAGUGAUCUCUCGAACACCAAGCGCGAAAGGCACGGAAGAGGUGCUUGCCGGGGUCGCCGAGCAUGACGCCAUUGAGCAUUGCGGAAUUGCUGGCGCGGAAGGAUGUCGAAAAACAUAAGUGCUUGGCAUGUGCAAUAUGCUCUCGCGGCAGCCUAGAAAGCGUCGAGCGGCAAUUACCAGCCCAGUAUUACCGUCCCUUGCCACGGUAGUGCCACGACAGCCAGGGCUUGUUGAUUAGGAACGUCACCACGAUCGUCACAUUUGAUGAGAGAAGUCAACUGCACGUUAUAGGGAGAUCUUCUGGAAGUCGCGCAUGCCGCUUACGUAUUUGUACAAUGUAGAUCGCGGAGGUGUAACAUCACUCCUACAGUCAAACGAUGGCAUGAUCGCAUUUCUUAUCACUACUGUUCCCUAGCAACAGUGAAAAUGGCCCUGAGCAGCAGGU